UUUGCCAAAGUACAGCCAUUCAACGUGCGAUAUUAGGAUACUGCCAGGUGUUGCAUCUCUCUCUUCCUCUCUCUACCCGUACCCGCGCUCUUCUUCCCCUGUUCGCGCACAGUAAAUCCGCGCUGCGCGUCCACAGCUGAUCAAACAGAUUUCGCUCUCCUGCUGCACAUCACCUGCUGCCUGCUGUCGAAAAGGUUUCCCCUGAAACAGUCCUGCCUGCAAUGCAUUGAUCUGUGGACCUCACUUGAGUUCUCAUACCCAGAAUGAGUUCUUCCCCUGGGACGGUUCCUGAGUCAGCUUCCCAUACGCUCCAACAGGAACGGUGCCCUGGCAAGGUCCAUCGUGGGGACUCUUCCUCCCUCUUACCCCCUGUCUACACUUCCCCGCUUAGCAUGGACACCCAGACCAUCUGUAUUCCUUCUCCUUAUGUGGACACAAGUCAGGGUUACUCACCACCACAAGGGGGAGAGUUCAACCACAGAGCUCUAAGAGUGUACAGCCCGGUGUCCUCCACAGUGCUGGGGUAUCCCCGUCCACCCGUGUCUGAAAACCUGGUCCCACUCAGUCCGACAAUCUUCUGGCCUCCUCACACCACACAUGCUUCUCUGUCUCUGCACUGCCCGCCUCCACUGGCCUACAGUGAAACACAUACACACGGGGCAUGGGAGGACGGCGAGACAAACACAUUUAACCAAAGCAGUUCUGUCCUUACCCAGGCAAAGCUAUUAGGUCAGCAACUAGAAGGCGAUGAUGGCUUUGAUCCUUCUUCAGGCAUUUUGGGUAAAGGAGACACACACUUUUGUGCAGUGUGUCAUGACUAUGCCUCUGGGUAUCACUAUGGUGUCUGGUCAUGCGAGGGGUGCAAGGCUUUCUUCAAACGAAGCAUUCAAGGACACAAUGACUACAUUUGUCCAGCCACCAACCAGUGCACCAUCGACAAGAGUCGUCGUAAGAGCUGUCAGGCCUGUCGACUCCGCAAGUGCUAUGAAGUGGGCAUGAUGAAGUGUGGUGUGAGGCGAGAACGGUGCAGUUACCGCGGUGCCCGGCAUCGUCGCCAUCCCCAGACGAGAGACGGCUCAGGCAAAGCAUUAGGGGUCAGAGGUCGCUCCCAGCAUAAUCUAGAAUUUCCGCUCAUCUCCCCUCAUCAACUCGUCCCUUCGGGUGGCGCAUCCGAGGGCCGUGGCCUGUCCGCUGAACAGCUGGUGAACUGUAUUCUAGAGGCGGAGCCUCCUCAGAUUUACCUGAAAGAGCAGGUGCAGAAGCCGUACACUGAGGCCAGCAUGAUGAUGUCACUAACCAACCUCGCUGACAGGGAACUGGUGCUCAUGAUCAGCUGGGCUAAAAAAAUACCAGGUUUUGUGGAGCUGUGUUUGUCUGAUCAGGUGCAUCUGUUGGAAUGCUGUUGGCUGGAUAUUCUGAUGUUGGGACUGAUGUGGAGAUCCGUAGAUCAUCCUGGGAAACUCAUCUUCUCACCAGACCUCAAGCUCAAUCGGGACGAAUGGGGUUGUGUUGAAGGCAUCAUGGAGAUCUUUGACAUGCUGCUGGCCACCACCUCUAGAUUCAGAGAAUUGAAGCUACAGAGAGAGGAAUAUGUCUGCCUCAAAGCCAUGAUCCUUCUCAAUUCCAAUAACUGUUCGAGCUUGCCGGAGACUCCUGCAGAUGUGGUUAGUCGAGGGAAGGUUCUGAAGCUGCUGGACUCAGUGACCGAUGCUCUGGUUUGGACCAUCUCCAGAACUGGACUGUCCACACAACAGCAAUCCAUUCGUCUCGCCCACCUGCUGAUGCUGCUAUCACAUAUUCGACAUCUCAGCAACAAAGGCAUUGAGCAUCUGUCAAGCAUGAAAAGAAAAAACGUGGUGUUGUUGUAUGAUCUUCUGCUGGAGAUGCUGGAUGCAAACACGUCUCAGAGCAGCCGGAUGCUGGAUACCAACACCGAACCCAACCACACGUCCAGACAGCAGACAGCACUAACAGAGGAGAACAGCCAGGAGAGCAACCACAGACCACGAUCUACGGAGACAGUGGCUGGAAAAUUGUGUUCUAGCCCAAACAGAGAGCGCAUGGAUACAGACUGACAUUCUCUCUUUUAUGGGGUAAAAAUAUCUCUGGAUCCAGCAUUAGUCUGAUCUGGAAAAGACAAUUUUAGAUAGUAAAUGACAACCUGAACCGAACAGGGUUCACAAACAGUUCUCAAUCCUGUUUCAUCAUUAACAACAUUCAAUUUGAACAUUAUUUGCCUUUUCUUUUGGCAUAAUGUCAACCUGGAGAAAUGUCCCUUUUCAUCGAAUCAUGACAAAUGUUGUGUUUAAUGUUCUCAGUUUCUCAUUCUACUGCCGAAUAUUUUAAUAGACGAAGCUGUUACCAUCAAAGGUGAAAUGUGUUAUUUCUGUAAAACAAUAAUAUGGAUGUUUUCAAAGUUUCAAACACUCCCCAUCUCCUAUUGACUGGUUGCUAGUUCAAUUUAAUUCAAAUUUAUAAAAAAAAUUGCAAUGUUAGAAUAAAACACAUUGUACAACAAACUGUAGAGCGAGGAAAAACGAAAUUAAAAAAAGUAUAGAUAUAUUUUUUGGGGGGGGGGGGUAGUCCAUCCCAAACUCACACCACUGGGUAAAUCAGUUUUGUCAUGUCCAGGUAGGUUUCCCAAAAAUAUUGUAAUAUUGAUUCAGAAAUUACACAUUACACAUAUUCAGUAUUUAGCAAGUAUGCCAGUUGAUAGUAAAGUAAGGAUUGACCAUACGAAAGAUCUCUAAUAAAUGAUGCCUUAUUUCUCAUAUUCUCUAAAGACUGGCCAAACCACUACUCUAUGAAAAGGUGCAUAGUACACAAAUUUAUGCAUUUUUGUACAUCAUGUCUGUAUUUGUAAGAUGCUGGGGUGGUUGUAAUUGCUGGUCUGUGGUGCUUGUUGAUUGUAAACUUUCGUGGUGAUUGUAAAUGUGACUUAAAAUGUCUAUGUCUUGUUCAUGUAUGAUGAGUCUUGUUCAGCGUUUCAUGUAAAGCCUGGCUUUUGUGCACAUUUAACAGAAAAGUCUUAUUUUAUUCUGGAAGCAUGACUUUUGGGAUGUUUUAUUUCAGAUAUGUUGGAUGAUUGAAAGAACAGCCCAAACAGGUUUUGCAGGUGCUAAAAGUGUUUACAUUGGUCUCUGCUUCCCGAGGUAAAGAAAGCAUGAACACAGAAGACGACCAAAAAACUGGAUUUUUAUUGGCAAAACUGUACACAGACAAAUUAAAUAAGUUUUAAGCUUCAAAAAAAAAAAAAAACAUUUUUGCUAUUUUCUGCAAAUAAAUUCAUGAUG